CCUCAUUCCCGCCACCAGGAUUCCUCACCUGGGGACCAUCAUAGACUCUAAGCUGGAGAAGGUGUUGCUGUCCCACGACCAUAAAGUUAGUUUGUUAGCCUUAGUUAGACAAGUUAGAAGUCAACAUUUUGUUCCUGUAGUAGUGCUCUCCAUCUUGCUGGGGAAAUUCAUUUCUCGCAUAAAUGUGGUGCCUUGGGCUUGUCUGUACGUGAGGCUGCCCCAGUGGCGUCUCCUGCCGCAUCAGAGGUCAAACUCUCCUCUCAAAGAAAGGACACAAAUUCAUUAUGGGCAUAAUAAACUAAAACUUCAGAAUUCAAGGGGGAAAUGACUAACCAGGAUCAAAACCGGGAUUAUUGUUUCUAGCUCCAUUUCAGUCUCUUGCUCCUCGAUUUCAUCUUCUUUGAUUUGGCGGCCAAGAAGAUUCUCAUUCAACAUGGUUCGUUUUUGACCAGGGGUUGGCAACCUUAAACACUCAAUUUGGACCCAUUUCUCACAGAAAAGAAACUACCGGGAGCCACAAA